AUGUAUUCUGCUUCGGAUUUUCGUCGAAAUAUGCCGAAUUCAACUGUCCACAGUGGUGAUGUUUGUCGUCAUAAAUAUGAUUGUGAAUUAGCAGCCGCUGCAGCUACUUAUUCACGUGGGCCAACUUAUUCCGAUUCAACAAUGAGUCAAUAUGCUCGAAACAUCUCAUCGAAAGACAAUAUUCAUUACUAUGGUAGUACAGCAUCGAAUUAUGGUCAUGAUCGUUCAUCAGUUAAUAAAGUGUUACAAUCAGCUCAUACUGGUGAUCGGGUUGUUUUAAGACCGCAUGAAGCAUCACAUAUUCGAGAAGGUGCAAUAUGGUUAGCAGAUCAUAAACAUGAAUUUAGUCAGGGUUUUGUUAACUCGGCAGCGUCAUUAUAUGCAAACGCUUAUGAUCAGAAUGGGCAUAAAGUGGUUGAUAGACGAACAUUACGGUAUUGA